AUGUCUUUGCAGAGUGACGAGUUGUCUAACCUAUUUAACACCAGUUAUGGUUAUGGUUAUUAUGACUACACCGAUUUCCCUAGCAGUGCAGCGGCACCGUGCAGAAUUGACAGUACCUCAGCUAUAUUCAAGUACUUUGUGGCAUUCGUCUAUGUUGUGGUAUGUCUUCUGAGCCUGGUGGGCAACUCCUUGGUGGUGCUGGUGGUCACCUACAACAAAGGAAGCCGUUCUGUUACCGAUAUGUAUCUCCUGCACCUCGCCAUUGCCGAUUUGCUCUUUGCACUCACGUUGCCAUUCUGGGCUAUUUACCGAGCUCAUGAAUGGAUUUUUGGCAAUGUUAUGUGCAAAGCCACUUCGGUCCUGAAGGAAGUCAACUUCUACAGUGGCGUCCUCCUGUUGGCCUUUAUCAGCAUUGACCGUUACCUGGCAAUAGUUUACGCUACACGGGCAGUCACGGAGAAGAGGCACUGGGUCAAAUUUCUGUGCUUUGGCAUCUGGCUUUUUUCUUUUCUUAUUUCCUUCCCCAUGGUUGUCUUCCGUAAUGCCUUCCGGGAUAACUCUUCUUCAGUAGUGGUUUGUUAUGAGAAUAUUCAGGGGGGAAAAACAUCUGAAUGGAGGGUGAUAUUGAGAAUCUUGCCACAAGUGUUUGGCUUCAUCAUUCCUUUGAUCAUCAUGUUGUUGUGCUAUAGUGUGACUGUACACAGACUCCUACAGACCAAGAACAGCCAAAAGACCAAAGCCAUGAAAGUAAUCAUAGCUGUAGUGCUGGUCUUCCUGCUCUGUUGGCUGCCCUACAAUAUCUCUAUUCUUGCUGACACCCUGAUGAGGGUGGGAAUUAUUGCCGACACCUGUGAUCGUCGUAAAAGCAUCGAUCUCGCUCUUUCAAGCACCGAAAUCCUGGGAUUCGCUCACAGCUGUAUAAACCCCAUCAUAUAUGCCUUUAUAGGGCAGAAGUUCCGGAACAACUUCCUCAAGUUCUUGGUUGCACGAGGCAUCAUCAGCAAAACUGUCAUGUUACGGUAUAGGAAGGGAUCCGCCUCAUCUACCUCCGGUAUUACUUCAACAACCCUCUGA